AUGUUUUUGAAGAGAAAAGCCUCAUGCCACUUUCUGUGGAUGGCCAUCGUGAUGAUGAUGGCAAUUUUUAUGGGUAUCGUUUGUUCCGAGAGGGUUGCAUCAGCACCAACGACAAAUACAUUCAAGAUUUGGCCUCUUCCAGAGCAGUAUUCGACUGGAUCAGUUAUUGGAAUUAUUCCUAACUGGAAGAGUUUUAACAUUGUGUUUCAGGAGAAUCCACUGAGUCAAGGAGAUUACGACAUUAUUUCUGAUGCUUUGACUCGGUAUGGAUCAAUGAUUUUCUUCUCUGAGAAUGUAGACUCCUCGUCGAAUUGUCCUGACUCGUUCAACCAUACCACUGUUUAUUGUUUAACUAGAGCUGUUUUAACUGUCAAUAACCCAAGCAAGGAAAUGAUCCCAGAGCCUUAUCUUGGAAUGGACGAGAGCUAUAUGAUUAAUAUCGAUCCUUCUCAAGGUCAAGCCCAAUUAACAGCAAACACUGUGUGGGGUGCAUUGCGUGCUUUAGAAUCGUUUUCACAAUUAAUCACACCUGUGGAUAAUUUGAAUGGCAUUAGCUUUGGAAAGAAGUAUUAUACCUUUGGAGAAUUAUUACCAAUUGUUGUGAAAGAUUCACCUCGAUUUCAAUGGAGAGGAUUUCUUGUUGACACUGCACGUCACUAUUAUUCUGUAAAGAAACUCUUGCAAAUAAUUGAUUCUCUUGCCUACAUUAAGAUGAAUGUAUUCCAUUGGCAUAUUGUUGAUGCUCAAAGCUUCCCCUUAGUGGUCAAUGGCUAUCCAAAUUUAAGUGGAAAGGGAGCAUAUCAAAAACAAGCAAUUUAUUCUGGCGAAGAUAUUCUUGCAAUCAUUGAGUAUGGACGAAGAAGAGGUGUUCGAGUCGUUCCAGAAAUUGACGUGCCAGGUCAUGCAGGAAGUUGGGGAUUUGGCUAUCCAGAAAUUACAGCUAAUUGUCCAAGUUAUGCACACAACAUUAAUAAUAUCCCUCUCAACGUUGCAAAUCCAAAGACUUAUGAUGUUUUAGCUGCUGUCAUCAAGCAACUUACUCUCAGUGGAUUUACGGACAAGUAUUAUCAUUUUGGAGGAGACGAACUAGUGAUGGGAUGCUGGCUUGAGGAUCCAACUAUUAGAAACUUUAUGAAGCAAAAAGGAUUUACCCAACCUGUUCAAUUACUCUUUUAUUUUGAAGAUAUUUUGAGGACUAUUUAUUUGCCAUUGAACAAGACCAUGAUAUGUUGGGAAGAGCUUGCCUUAGAAUAUGGUUAUUCGGUUCCAAAAGAUACAAUUGUUCAUGUUUGGAAAGAACGAAAAACCUUGCUAGAUGUUGUUCAAAUGGGAUAUCAAACCUUGUUGAGCGGAGGGUGGUAUCUCGAUCAACAAAUUCCAAAUCGUAAUCAAACAUUUUAUGAAUGGGUGGAUACUUGGAUUAAUUUCUACCUAAAUGAUCCAACCGAGGGUUUCGGUAUGCCAGAAUCUCAAAAGAAGCUUGUACUUGGAGGAGAGGGAGCCAUGUGGAGUGAACAAGUGGACGAUGCCAAUUUUGACUCUCGUGUCUUUCCUCGUACUCUUGCAAUUGCUGAACGAUUAUGGAGCCCAAGCUCUGUCACUGACAUUACUAGCGCAAGAAUUAGAAUGGAGUAUGCCCGUUGUAAUGUAAUGGUUCGAAGAGGGGUUGCUUGUGGACCAGUCAUGCCUGGCUAUUGUCAAGCUACCUAUGAUAAUUUUUAA